AUGGAAAACAUAAAAGAAGCUGAAAUAUCUUUAAGGGGUGUUUUAGAAGGAGGACAUAGUGAUUGGGUAACUUCAGUAUCAACUCCUACUGAUACAAAAUUAAAAACUAUUGUUAGUGCUUCGAGAGACAAAAAAUUAAUUGUAUGGAAUAUAAAUACAGAUGAUGAUUCAGGAGAAAUCGGAACUGCAAGAAAAUCAUUAACUGGACACUCUCAAGCUAUAAAUGAUGUUUCCAUUUCAUCAGAUGGAUUAUUUGCAUUAUCUGGAUCAUGGGAUCAUUCUGUGCGUUUAUGGGAUUUAUCACUCGGAGAAACCAUUAGAUCAUUUAUUGGUCAUACUUCAGAUGUUUUUAGUGUAUCUUUUAGUCCUGAUAACAGACAAAUUGUAUCAGCUAGUAGAGAUAAAACAAUUAAGUUAUGGAAUACUUUAGCUCAAUGUAAAUAUACCAUAGCAGAUAAGCAACACACAGAUUGGAUAACAUGUGUUAGAUUUUCACCUUCACCAAAACAAGCAAUUAUUGUUUCAUGUGGAUGGGAUAAGUUAGUUAAAGUAUGGAAUUUAAAAAAUUGUGAUUUAAAUAAAAAUUUAGAAGGUCAUACAGGUGUUUUAAACACAGUUACCAUCUCUCCUGAUGGAUCCUUGUGUGCAUCAGGUGGUAAAGAUGGUGUAGCAAAAUUAUGGGAUGUAAAAGAGGGAAAACAUUUAUAUUCACUUGAAACUGGAUCAACUAUAAAUUCUCUAUGUUUUUCUCCAUGUGAUUACUGGCUUUGUGCAGCAACAGAUAGAUUUAUAAGGAUAUGGAAUUUAGAAAGCAAAUUAAUUAUUUCAGAAAUUUAUCCAAUUAAACAAUCGAAAAUAGGAGUACCUUGGUGUACUUCCUUAACAUGGUCAGCUAAUGGCCAAUUUUUAUAUUGUGGAUCAACUGAUGGAAAUAUUUAUGUCUAUGAAGUAAAAAAACAAGCUAUUUAA